AUGCAGAGUUGGUUUUCAAGCAGUGGAGAGGAUCAACAACAAGAGAAACCCUCAUCUUCUUUGUUGGCUGAUUGGAACUCAUAUGCAGCAAAAAGCGAUGUAAAUGAAUACACCAAUGGAUUAGGAAGCUUCGGUAGCUUUGAUCUUGAAGCUGCUGCUCGCUCUGCUAACGACACCGUUUCUGGCACCUUUAAUGUGCAGGUUUUGAAGGAGAGGCUUCCAUUUACUUUGGGAUUCAUAGGCAGUAUGGUGGGCACCCUAUAUGUUUCCAUGGUGUGGCACAGCUAUGUUCUCUCUGUGCUCUUCUCUGUGAUACAGGUUCUUGCCCUUGUAUACUAUGCGAUUUCCUACUUCCCUGGAGGAUCUGCUGGGCUAAAAUUCCUGUCAUCUUCCCUUGCCUCAUCGGUGAUGAGACUUUUCGGGAGGUGA